CCAGGGGGUGGUGGGGGGCGUGGAGGCGGCAGGUGGGGCCUCCGCCAUUCCAGGUCACCGUUUGUUUGUGCCUCGUCGCCCGGGCAACCUCCAGCAGCCUCGCCCUGCCACACACCCCUGCCGCUGCCCAGUGGUCUCGGUGUUGCCAGGAUUCCGUGUGCUCCCCCCAAGGGCCUGGCACCCAUGACUCACUGUAUUCUUCAGCACCAGACAAUUAAAGUAGCACUGACAAAGUGAGCAAAAAAUGAAAAUUUAAAGUCAGUGAGUUAUGCCUCGCUGGAAAAAGAAAUCUUUUGAUGGAAUCCACAAUUAUGUAGAGAAAAUUGAGGAUGUUUUAUUGAGUGAGAGUUCCUGGUCCACCACUGAUUCUGAAUGCUCAGGCUGCAUCCACUUGAGUAGGGAAGAAAGUGUGCAGAGUGAGGGGUUUAGUGGACCAGGACUGGAACUGACAGCCCUCACCCGUUUUCAGACACUGGACAAAAGCUAUGGUUGGAAUGUCCAGAGCAAUGCAAAUUACAUCCAAAGUGCGAGCAGCCACUGUGUGCUGGCAGGUGGAUUGAAGACCUGCGUUGACAACGCUGCUGCUGCCCUUCCCUCCUUGGACAUAAGGGGCGGCAUGUUGCAGCAGCUGUCACUACUUGCUGCUGGUGCCCAACCCUGGCACCACAAUAUUUGCACUGCACAUUCUCGACGCUUUGCAUAUGCUGCAACACUUGCCAUCUAUGUUUAUGAGGUCGAGGCAGGGAGCACUGAGUGGCAGCUGUUUAGUAUCUUAGCUGACCACCGUAAGACCAUCACUUGCUUGGACUGGCAUCCCUGUAGUGAAGACCUCCUCGCCAGUGCUGCCUUGGACCAGCGUGUGUGUGUUUGGAGCGUGAGCAGGCAGAGUGUUCUUUAUGCCAUCAGCAUCUGUCGGGUGCCAACAGUGGUGGCAUGGUGCACUGGACAUAGGGACUUGUUAUCAUUCUCCACUCAAGUUGGACCCCUUCAGCUGUGGGACUAUGCCGAAAACAGUGAACCCUUUCCAUUCAGGGAAGACUAUGGUUACCCCCAUGCAAUUGUCACAUACCGCUGGCACCCCUCUGUACCUGGAAGACUUGUAGUGGGACACAAUGAUGGAAAAAUCACUGUCUACAGAGAAGAUGCCACUGUUUCCCACUGGAAUUCCAGAAUACUUGACUCAGAAACAAGCAACAAUAAUAAUACAUGUUGCACAUUUUCAUUUUCAGACAUUGGAAAGACACGCUAUUCUGCCUUCCCUGAUGGGGGAGAAGACUCAGAUGACCACAACCUUGUUACGCUGGAAUGGGACACCUGCUCGCCAGACUACAUCCUGGUGGCCUAUCGUGGUGGGGCAUUAUGGCUGGUGGACGUCAACACAAUGCGAGUCAUUACCAAGUACAUCCUACCACUCUCUGCCAGCGUCAGCACUCUUGCCUGGCUGCCUGAUGCACCAGGAAUGUUUGUAACAGGAGAUGCCGAAAAGGGUAUUGUUCGGGUAUGGACUGUCAACAAGCAGACACCUGUGGAGACAAUUGUGCUUAAGGAUACAGGAUUCCAUGUCCUCUGUGCAACAAGAGUGGAAGGUGCCUCUGAAACACAGAAAUUUCAUCAAGACUUGCCUAAUGAACACUCCACUGAAAGGAAAGGAUUAAUGGUCCCAAAUGUGGCCAUUAUUACUCUCUUCAAGGAUGGAGGUGUUGGACUUUACCAUAUUAGAAGGAAGCAGUGGAUAUUUAACAGAGAACAUGGUCACACAGAGACAAUAUUUGACUGCAGUUUUAAGCCUGAGGACAGUGACUUGUUGGCAACUGGCUCAUUUGAUGGUUCAAUCAAAAUAUGGAAAAUUGACACAUUGGAGGCAGUUGACACGCUACCCAACUGCAGCACCAUUAUUUAUUCUUUGUCUUGGGCACCUGCCGACUUGAACUGCAUUGUGGCUGGCACCUCGGGGGGUAAUGUAUUUAUCUGGGACGUGGGAAAACAUAAAAUACUGCAAGAUAUUAUUUCUCACAAAGACAAGAAAGUUUUUUGUGUUGCGUGGAAUCAAAACGAUGCAAGACGCAUUGCAUCAGCAGGUGAGUCUGGCUUCUGCUACGUGCACCAAGUGAGCGGCACACUGCUGCAGGACUAUCGCCACCCUGGGCCCGUGUAUGGCUGUGACUGGCGGGAUGCAGACAUCCUUGCCACUGGCUGUGAGGAUGGCAGGAUACGAAUAUUUUGUGUCUCAAAAAAUAGAAAGGAACCAGUAACAGAGCUGAAAGCUCAUGUAAAAAAGGUGUUUCGUGUAAAGUGGAACCCUGUUUAUGAAGACAUUCUCUGCAGUGGCAGUGAUGACUCUUCUGUCAGAAUAUGGUCUUACUCCAAGGCUCAGUGUCUCAACAUUCUGGUGGGCCAUUCAGACAAUGUACGGGGCCUUGUUUGGUGCCCAGAAGUGCCUUUCCUCCUUAUCUCUGGCUCCUGGGACCGCACCAUGAGGGUGUGGGAUGCCCGCCAUGCUGCCUGCCUUGAUGUUGUCCUGGACCAUGGAGCAGAUGUUUAUGGUUUGAGUAUCCAUCCUGUGCGGCCAUUCCUCCUUGCUUCCUGUUCUCGAGAUUCAACGAUGAGGCUUUGGUCUUUGGCAUCUUUUGUAGCACCUUUAUACUUGAAGGUCCUGGCAGGGAAACCUGAUGAAGAAAUUAUCAAAUUAACGGAAAGAAAAACCUUUUCCUCUGGGCUACACCUGUGUGGUCUCCGAGCCCACCACCUGCAGGCCGCCCUCCAGAAGACAGAUGUUACUCACCAGCCCAACAAGAAACAUAAGCUUUUUGCUGACCUGUUCUGUGGGGAUGUGCGGGUAAGAAACCUGUGGGACCUUGUGUAUGUGCUGCAAGGGCACGCAGAUAUCUCCCUCCUCUCCCCUAAUUACACUCAGUCCAUCAUGCAUCACUCCCACAUCAUCAAGUGUUCCUUGGCUCUGGCAACAGAACAAGAAAUAGAUGUCAACCGAGGGCAGGGUGUAGCUGGACGGAAACACUCUAGUGCUGAGAGUCAGGAGGCUCUAGCAGAGUCUUACCUGAGGUGUGGAGCUGUACAGCAGUACUGUGAGCUGAUGAUACGUCUUCACCAGUGGGACCAUGCCCUCGCCCUGGCACCUGCUGUCUCUGUUGACUACUGGCGUAAGCUGAUGGCCAGGCAUGCAGAGCAGCUUUUGAGUGAUGAUAACGAAGCGUGUGUCCCGUACCUCUUGGCCACUCGUGAUGCAGAUAAACUCAUCAAUUUUCACAUUGGCCGAGGACACCUUGACAAAGCAUUCUCAGAGUGUGUAGCGCUGAGCAAGAUCAGUCAUCACAGUCGCAAGGGUCCUCCCCCCGAGGUACCCCCCAGAGCACUGGCAGCAGAGGUUAAUGGUGUCAACCCUGUGCAGGGCAGGACUGUAGAAUGUGCUCGGCUGGUAGCUCAGUGGCAUUUGCUUCACGGAGCUCCAAUUAUUGCCUCCUGUGCCCUCCUGGCUGUUGAUGAUGUCAAGGGUGCCCUCUCAGUACUUCUUCAAGGACAUGAAUUGGAGCUAGUGGUUGCAGUUGGCCAUCUCCUAGGGGACGAGGGUGUAGGAUAUGAUUCCACUAAAGGAGACACCACAAAUGCAUCAGAAAUCAGUUGUAUUGUAGAUACUGCAGUGCGCUACCUCACGUACCGCACCAUUCGCCUUUCUUUGUGGGAAUUGGCAAUGGAGCUUGCCUUAAUAUUACCAGAAGGAAUGAAUCAGACUGUCCUCAAGGCUGAAGUCAUCCUUUCCCACAUGGGUACACAAGAGGAGCAUGAUAGGCUCUAUGAACUUGCCAAAUUUCCACCCCCAGCAGAGUGUUUUGACAAGGCUGUUGGUUCUGUGCUUGAUCAAGUUCUUUACCUGCUGCUUUCAACUCAACCACACAAAGGGCUUUCCAAGGGCAUUGAAUUUUUACAAGAGCAAAUUAUUGGAGGAAACCUUGACCGGAGCAGCGUGUGGUAUGUGCUGCGAUUGCUCCAGGCAGUUCCCUUGGUGCAGAGCAGUGGCAAGUGGGUCAUCCAAGGGGAUGAGCGAGGAGCUCUUCUUUCCCUCUCUGCCUACCUUGGGGCUGUGAAGGCAGCAGUGUUAAACUACAGCACCAUUGUGCCCUACCUACUCAGUCAUGCAAGCUACAUCAUAGAGAAGCAUCGACCUGCUGGCUGUGAAUUUCUUACUGAACAUAUAACUACAACAAGAACCAAGUGGGAAAAAGAGGAUUGUAGCUGGGACAUUGACACCAGUGAGGAGGUGGGACUGUGGUGUGACAUUGGCAUUACAAGAGUUAGUGGCUCCCAUCUUCCUCGACACUCAGACUCUCAGACAUGCUGCAUCACCAACCAGAUCAUAAAGGGUCCAAGUUACUUCUUAGAGAAUGGGGAGUCAGUAAUGGGUCAGAAUGAUGCCCUCAUGUGGGCCAAGGUUCAUCCCUACUCACCGUUGGGUUCUGGGUUUCGACUAAACCCUUUUUGAACAUAGUUCUGUCUUCAUGCAUAAGUAUGCAUCCAUUAAACAACAAGGGAAGAUAAGUGGGAGUGAUGUCUGUUUUGUCACUUAGGUCAUAGUCAGUAAUUAGGUUAGUCUAUAAAGUUUUAUGCUUUCAAGUUCAAAAUUCUUGUUAAAUGUAUCCAUUAACAUCAAGAAAAGAUAACUGGAGGGAGCGACAUACCCAGUCAUGCCAAUUAGGUUAUAUUGGAGAAUUAAUGAAGUUACCUUGUAAGAUGGUUUUGUUAAAGUUUGAGGUGUUCAUAUACUUUUAAGAUUUAAUUCUUGUUACGAUGUGUAAAGCCUCUAUAAUUACAUUCAGAAUAACUGUUGGUUUACUCUCUCAUUGCAAAAUUAAAUUAUUUAAUUAUUAAACUUAAACCAAAAAGUGGAGGUUGACUUAAAUAUAUAAUAGCCUCCACUAGUAUCAUGGUAGAUCUAGAAGAGUAAUAUAUUUACACAGUAUGAAGUAUAUGCAUCUUCCUAACAUGUUUUCUGAAUAUCAAAAAUGCAUUCUUGUUCCCCAUAUAUGUAUGCAUAUAUAUGCAUGUAUGUAGAUAUGACUGCAAUUUUCCAUCGUAUAAGGCAAAUAGCAAAUAAGUUGACCCACAAAAUAUCCUUUCAAACUGUGAGCUUAAAGGUUCAGAAGCUUGCAACCUUAGUAACAUUGCUAUUUGCACACUUGUUUUCCUAAUCAUGUGCUUUCCACAUGGCUCCCGGACAUAGUUUAGCACACCAAAGCCAAAUAUUAAUAGAAAAGAUGGCAAAGUGCCCAAGAGGAGCAGAAAAUUAUUGACACUGAUAAAAAAAUGUAUAUAUUUGACUCACUUAGAAGUUGUAAGAGUAUUCACAGGUUUGGCCAUUGACAGGGAUGUCAAGAACAUAACCCCCAUGAAAAAUAAGAGCUCUGUACAGGUGUUUGGAACCUUUCUUGGUGAAACAAUACAAUCUGUUCUUGUGUGUGCUGAGGAUAUUGAAAUCUUGAAAAAUCUCGUACCUUGGUCGUGU